GAUGAUUGCUAAGACUAACGCUAUAAUUAGGAAACAGAUGGCCAUAAUUGGUUCUUAUUGUGAUUUUGGUGCGACGUGGAACUAUUUUAGGUGUGUCUUUUUCACAGCGUCUGUUUUCCCCAUUUUUACUUUGCUUUUUGCUAUCUUCCUCCUAUUGACGUCUUCUCAACAACAGAAUCUGAUGCAUUUUUAUUAUACUUGUCUUAAAAGGAUUUAUCAUGUGACACAAUUAAACGACAUUCUCUUUUCUCAUUACUAUAGUGAAAUUUCGUUAGAGGAGAGAUACGCUAAGUACUGGAAAAGAUUCACGGAUGUGCUACUUACUUCUGUAGAUGGUGAUAUCCUAAUAGAGCCGGGUUCCUUAAGCGUGUUUAGAGAACAAUGGCUGAAUAAGAAUUAUAUUAUCAAAAACAUUUUCGUUCAAAACGAUUUAUAUCACAUAAGUCUGUAUUCGUCAAAUGUGCUCUAUCGGUAGAAAACAGUAUCGAAUGUUCGCUACCUGACUUAGACGAGGAUGGUCUUGAACUACUUGAAUUUUGUCCCAAAUCUUUUUUACAGUUCAGAUAUAUUUGACGUGUUCACUUUGUUACAUAGUUUUAUUUGUGUGUAUUCUGUUUUCUUAGUUGUAUUAAUUAAUUUAUAGUAAGUUUUUUUCGUGGCUCUCUUAUUUUAUUUUUGUCUUAAUAGACCUACAAAGAGCAGUAAUAAAUAGCAGUAUAUAUAUAUGCUUAUAUAUAUAAAUAUAUAGAUAGAUCUUGCAAUUUUCAUGAUUUCACAAAAUUGUGCAACUGUUUCUGUUUUUGUACAUUCAUCCAUCGGAUUUGUGUUAUAAAAAUAGAAAACCUAUUAAUUGCAUGUUCUAAAAUCGGAUUUGAAAUAAAAAGAUAACAUCUAGAGUAAAAAGAUGAAGAGAACAAUAUGCAAUAAAUAACAUCGCAAGAGAAAGAGACACAAAAAGAGGGAGAGAGAGAGAAAAAAGAAAAGGAGAAGAACAGUACUAUAAUAAACUUAGCAGAAUAACAGGAGUACAAGGGAGAAAAAAGAAUGGAACAGAAAAAAAAAACAAUUUCGGAGAGAAGGAAGAAGAACAAGAAACAGUAAACUACUAUGAGUUUCCAUUAGCUAUCUAUCUCUAAUACAAAAAAAAAGAAGAGAACAUAGUGUUCAGCAAUGAUGAUAGUUUCCAUAUGGGAUAAAAAAAUAAUGUAGUUGAAAAUAUGAGAAGAUCAAUGUAAUUUUUAAAAAAGAAACUAUGUUUUCAAUUGAAUAUUUUAUCAUAUUAUCUACUCGAUUCGUAAUAAAUCAUAAAAUGUAUCGAAACGUCACUGUCUACUUUUGUUGUACAUUAGUACUCAAAUGAAAUCGUCUCGAUUAUAUCGAUAUUCGAAUAGGAAAAACAGAUAUUCGACAAUCUUAGUUGUUUUAUUAUUUCUUCAUUUUAUUGUUAAUUUAGUACCGUUAGUAGCGCCGAUCAAUGUUACUGCUGUUAUGUUAAAUCAGACAACAGCGAAUAUAACAUGGAUGUAUCCAAUUGAUCCAAGCAAUGACGAAGAUCUAUCGUUACUUGGCGGUUAUAUCAAAGGAUUUUAUGUUAUUGUAUUUGCUCCAAAUAGUUUACAACCACCAAUUGUACAUCGAAAUUAUAAGGGUACAAUUGGACAAAUGUAUUGGGAUAUUGUGGGAAAUUUAACGCCUGGCACUACAUAUCAUGCACAAGUAAAAGCAUUUACAAAAAAAGGGGAUGGAAAACCAUCAACAGCUUAUAUAUUUACACCACCGAAAGAAGAUUUCCGUAAGUUUGUUUUAAUUUUAAUUAACAUAACUAAUUUAUCUUAUCUUACAUUUCAAAAGUAG